AUGGAAGGUCCUCUGUCGUUCAUGCAAUUCAAUCCCGCCUGCCUGGUGCUCCUGGUGCUGGGAAUCUCACUGCUGGACUACAUGGUCAACACUUGGUCUGCCGAACAGAAGGACGCCAGGACAUGCAUCACAUUCACAAGUGCAUUUGCAAGGUGCCACAAGAUGUCCCGGAACAGAAGCGAGGAUGAGACUCCGCUGGCCAGAUGCUGCGGCCUGAGCCACCUGCGAUUGCGUAAUCGCGUCAAAGCUUUGGCCGGCGUCAAGCGACGGCUCGAUCAGGAGUUUUAACACUGCAAAACAGCACACACUACUUAUAGUUAAC